CAUCCUUCUAGUAAGGAACUAAUUUUCAACAUUCAUGUCGAGUCUUCUUCGUAAAAUGUGCUAUUUUUUGGGGGUGAGGCGCCGCCAUGCCUGGCGUACAUACGUUCUAUGAUGGCGCUACAUUUCUGGAACCUCUUGGUAAGCCGUUCGGCGUACAGGUCGAUAAGGUGAAUUUCUUGAUAUGUAUGUUCUCGUCGCUGAUUUUGGCUUUCGUGUACAAACAGCUCAUGUCACCGGGAAAAGUAUCGCGUCAAGUACGAUUACUAUUUCCACCACUUGUUGGAAUCUCAUUCUGCUUCUUCUGUUUCGGACGGGCUUCAAAGCAUCUCCUAGCUAACUGCCUUCUCAACUAUGCAAUUAUGUAUUUUGCGCCACAUAGACACGUGCACAGGCUGGUGUUUGCCUUUUCCAUGUCAUAUCUGCUUUUCAUUCACUUUUAUCGAUGGAUGAUUCUCACCUCUUACUAUUUGGACAUCACAGGACCUAUGAUGGUGGCCGUGCAAAAGAUAACAACAGUGGCAUUCUCACUACAUGAUGGUAGAGUCAAAAAGAAGGAAGAGCUUAGUGAACUGCAAGAAAAAGAGGCAAUCACCGAACUACCGUCCCUGUCAGAGUACAUAUCCUACGUCUUUAACUUCCAGACAGCUCUCACUGGUCCCGUAAACUUUUAUUCGGAUUAUGUGGCUUUCAUCGAUGGUGUGCACGUGGUUCGAACCAAGGAGGGCAAGGUGCCGUCAGCUGUUGGCACGUCGCUGCGCAAGCUUGGAGAAUCACUUGUUUAUUUGGUAAUCAUUGCCCAAUUUGGAUCGAAGUUUCCACCUGAAAUUAUUGCCGAAAAAGAAUAUCUUGCAAUGCCUUACCUGCAGUGGUUUGCGUGGUGGUUCUUUGUUAUAUUCCUUAUUCGUGUUAACUACUACUUUGCAUGGACUUUUGCCGAUUCUGUAUGCAACAUGUCUGGCUUUGGAUUCAGUGGUUAUGAUGAGAAUGGAAAUGCAAAAUGGGAGCUAUGCACGAAUGUAAGACCGUAUCAAGUAGAAAUGGCGCAAAGUUUCAAAGAAACUCUGGACGGCUGGAAUAUCCAAACUGGCGGUUGGCUUCGACGCGUCGCUUAUGACAGGACACCAAAAAAAAUUCGAACCCUUGCCACGUACACACUAUCAGCAGCAUGGCAUGGAAUCUCUGUCGGUUAUUAUAUGACAUUUUUCACUGGUGCUUUGUUUACACUAGCUGGAGCUACAUUCCGUCGCUGCAUGAGACAUCGUUUUUUGGACUCGUCCACGAAAAAGAUGGGAUACGAUGUGAUGACUUUCAUGGCAACGAAAAUCGCUCUGGCUUAUGCUACGUAUCCUUUUGUUACGAUGAAUUUGAAUCCAGCUUUUAUGCUUUUCAAGCGAGUCUUCUUCAUCGUCCACAUAGCAGCAGUUCUCAUCCUGAUCGUUGUUCCAAGACUUUAUCCACCACCAGCGAAAAAAUCCAUAUCAAAUGCAAAUACAAAUGCAAAUGUGAAUAAUAAUAAUGUGAAUAACAACGUGAUGAAGGAAAUACCUACACCAACGGAACCAAAGAAAGAACUUUAGCUAGAUAGGCACUGAUUCAAUGAUCUGUUUGUGUUUUUUCUCUCUCUUUCAUCCGCUUGAAUUGAUGAGUUUUUGUAAUGUUAGACUAACUCAUGUCUGCUCUGCGCUUCAUCAUCCAUCACCGGUUCAAUGUUUGUGGUUGUUUUUGUUCAUCAUAUCAUUUGAUGUUGAAUGUUUUGAGCAGUUUGUUGUCUACAGUUUUAUUGCUAUCUGCUUAAGAUGUAUGUCAUAGAAAAAAUGCAGCUUGGCAUUCUCGCGUUUUUCUGCUGCUAAUAAGCUCUUAUUUUUUGUUUGAAAAUCCCAAUUUAUAGUGAAACGGCCACGCAAACUUUGUUGUACACUAUGUCAAGCAGAUCUGUUUUAUUAUUAGAUGACUAUGCAUGCUUAAUUAUCCACAGUCUGGUCGGGUUUGAGCGGCUUCUGCAACUUUAGUGGCUGUUCCAUUGGUGUGUUUUAUUUCCUCUGACUUGUUCUCUAUAGAUACCAUAUAUUUGUAAUGCUCUGCUUACAGAAUCUAAUAAACUAUUGUUGCUUUUGAUUUACUGACAUUGAAGAUGAAUUUCAUUGUCAUUCAGCUUGCUC